AGUCAACGCUCCAACUGGACCAUCGAAGCAGUCUCGUGUUGUCCGUGCCUAUAAAGCUAGGUUUAAUCGACCGUGAACGUUCUUUCCCCAAAUAAUGCUCACAUUCACGUUACACGUUUUAAAGCGAAAAUUCAACCGGGACUAAAAUGUGAAAACAUACUUAUUUGCCGGAAUACGGAACGGACAUUUAAUCCCCACUAACGGUCAGAUAGGUGUUAGCUCCCAAGCUAAACAUCGAGUGUAUUUUCCUUUGUUUUACAACUGCUGUAUGCUAUUUGCUGUACUAUUUGUACUCAUUUGAGGUGACUAAAAAUGUUGCUUUGAACGUAGCACGGUAGGGGAGCAGGCUACUCCACGAAGAGGAACGCACCAGCCAUACUGUUGAGAGAGAGUUGAAUAAAAGAAUGGAUCAAGUUUACCAGACACACAUGGAUUACAUUGCAGCGAACGCUCCCCGUAGUUUUGACCGCAAUGAUGCAGAAACUUUUCCCUCUGAUGGGGAACGUUCGAAAUCUGACCCAGAGCUGACGAGAAAAAGGAUUAUGCUUCGACACAUGGAGGAACACCUUUUUGAAAGGAAAGCUGCUAUUACUCCGAAGAAGAUGAAACUGAGUGAGAAGGAACAACCAGGACCAGAUUGUGUAGCCACAACUCUCAGGAACAGAGUAACUACAUUUUUGCAGCAGCAACAAUGUCCCAGCUUUGUGUUAAAGUGCAAUAUGUUUAAGCCACCUGUUGCAAGAGAGGCUCCAAUCUGCAGAUCAGAUCAAGAAUUGCUGGAAGACCAUCACCCUCUGAAGCGACAAGUGAAAGCUCUGCUGAAGCAUAUAAAUGGUCAUCCCAGUGUCUUUGUAUCAAACCACCCGGUUCCAGAUCACACGGCCAUUAGACCUCUUGCUGCACAAUUAUUUCCCAAAACACCACCUAUUGCAACGCCUCCUCGCAGUUCAAGUGUUACAUCACCAGACCAGGAGGAGAGUGACGCCAACAAAGGCUUUGAGCGCUUCCUAAGCUUGCUCAACAGUGGAGUCAACAUCGAACUGCUAAGUAAGAUUGUCAAUGAUGACAGCAAAGAUCUCCAUUCAGAAGACGGGUCCGUGAACAUUAAGCCCAAUGAUGUCAAGGGCGUUUUAGAUGUUCCUAUUGGCAGUGAAAACCACAAAUGUAACAAUUAUACUCUGAUACCAGAGGGAACAGAGCGGUCCACUUGUGAACAGUCCUCCUGUGAGACACACUCGCUGUCUGAUGACAACAAGAACAGAAAAGACAGACAAAAGUGCUCUUUAAGCCUCAGUGAUCGAUCCGAAUCUCCCCCAACAAUAGAGAACAAAAAGGAAAAAGAAAAACCGGCAGAGGUUGAUGCGAGGUGUGAACUGCUUCAGAACAUCUUAAACACUCUGGGCUUGAACCUGGAAACCGAAGAGCUGAGCAAACUAACAGAACGGACUGAAGAGAGACUGUAUGGGAAAAGGAAAGAGAGAAGUCCAGUGGUCACCAGCAUAGUGGAGCAUGAAAGUACUAGUAGUAGUCACAGUCCCUCUCACAUGCAGAUCUCCAACAGCAGGAACUCUAUGGAUCAUCACAGGGAAAAGUCCUCUUCCGAGUGCAGCGACUCAAGAAAGAGCAGAGAGGAACUUUCUUUAUUUUCUUACCAAGAUGAUGCACCAGUACAGAGGAUUGCUGGCAACAACCAAGAUCUGCAAACCUUUGAUGAAACCCAUCACGCACAUUCCAGCCAAGAGUGUAAUACUGUUUCAGGUUACAGUUUGCCUGAGCAUUCUCAAUUCAAUGCUUCUUUCAACGGUGACAACAGUUCUUGCUGGACACACGCUCAUGGUUCCAGUUCCAUGUUCUCUUUGCCUUACUCAUUGUAUACAGACCACUCCCACCCCUCAAUUGCUUCUGCAGACUCUGAAUUACGCCACUAUAUCUACAACUCCCAUGAACAUGUCUAUAAGAAUCCAGAUCUCUCCUUGAGCGAAUGUCAGUUUGGCUCAAACACUGGCCCGGGUUGCCUGCAAACAGUCAAACUGUCACGCCAUUGUGGUAAAUUAAAAGCUAAAAAAAAGAAAAAGAAAAAAAAAAAGAUACAACUGUCGAGGAGAAGUAGUGGAAGGAUACUAAAACCAUUAAAACUGACAAGUGACCUUCCGAAGAUGAUGGAGCCUCCGCACGGCACGAAACACCAAGAAGUUGAUCAUCCAAGAAAGACUGGCCCGGGUUGCCUGCAAACAGUCGAACUGUCACGCCAUUGUGGUAAAUUAAAAGCUAAAAAAAAGAAAAAGAAAAAAAAAAAGAUACAACUGUCUAGGAGAAGUAGUGGAAGGAUACUAAAACCAAUAAAACUGACAAGUGACCUUCCGAAGAUGAUGGAGCCUCCGCACGGCAUGAAACACCAAGAAGUUGAUCAUCCAAGAAAGGGGAAACAGCCACCAACAGAAGAGGAAAUUAAGCAAAACUGGAAAAAAAAGUUGGAAGAAUUUAACCAGAAGAACAAGUCUCACACCAGUCCAAAAUCGUGACACACAAGUAAGCCACUUAUGCCAUACUGUCACGUUUGAAACAGCAAUGGGUCUUAUGAUCUUUUGAUUGAAAAAUAUGUGACAUUUAUUAUUUAUUAGUUGAGUAACAACAUAUUUUGUGCAAACAGGAGAGGCACUCUUAGAUCUGCAUCAACACAACAGCAACUGUGUGAAGUUGAACUCUGGUUCAUAUUAUUUUGAUUACUAAUCAUUAUAGUGAUACAAUAUACAGUCAAGCAUAAAAGCAUUCAUACCCAUGGCAAAUUGUGACUAAUAGUUUGUAUAUAUAGGUUCAUUAUGUCUUCUUAUUUAUAUACUUUUCAAAUGUUCUCUUAGUCAGACAAUAUCAAUCAAUCAACGUUUAUUUAUACAGCCCUUAAUCACAAGUGUCUCAAAGGGCUGCACAAGCCACAACGAGAUCCCACAUCAGGGCAAGAAAAACUCCACCCAAUGGGCACAAUGGGAAACCUUGGAGGGGACCGCAGAUGUGGGUACCCCACGGGCGACCGGUGCAAGUGAAUAUAGUUAAUAAUGUGAGAUAUUUUUGGUAUUCUAUCUAAUAUAUCGAAAAUAUUGUCUGACAACAAGAACAUUUGAAAAGUAUAUUAGCUUUUGUAAAUAAAAGCUGAGACAUAUUUUUUCGUAAUGACAACUCUUUUACAUCAUCUUAUUUCUUGGGAGACACCCAUGUAAAAAGAAGAAAAACACUUGCUAGUUGAAUGAAAGUGACUCUAAAGAAGUUAUAUUAAUAAAAAUCCACUUUUCUUACCUGUUGGGACCUGUUAUUGUGUUGUCAUGUAGCUUUACACUAGCUCAAACAAACUACAUUAUUAUAUAUAUGUAUAUGUGUGUAUAUUAGUGUUGUUCUGAUACCAAUAUUUUGGUACCGGUACCAAAAUGUAUUUCGAUACUUUUCUAAAUAAAGGGGACCACAAAAAUGGC